GAGAACCCAUUCAGGAACAGGAUCGUGGAGUCCUUCUCUGAGGACGGAGCGGGGAACCUGAGCUUCAACGACUUUGUGGAUAUGUUCUCUGUCCUCAGUGAGAUGGCCCCCAGGGAGCUCAAGGCCAUCUACGCCUUCAAAAUAUACGGUGAGUACGCCUUCAAAAUAUACGGUGAGUACGCCUUCAGAAUAUACGGUGAGUACGCCUUCAGAAUAUACGGUGAGUACGCCUUCAGAAAGGAGUCACACCCCUUGACCUUUUGUUGUUGUGUUUCAGCCUGAAGUAAAAAUAGAUCAGAUUGAGAUUUUUUGUCACUGAUCUACACACAAUACACGUUUCCAUUUUUUCACAAUACAGAGUAUUUUGUGUAGAUCGUUGACCAAACAUUACAGAGUAUUUUGUGUAGAUCGUUGACCAAACAUUACAGAGUAUUUUGUGUAGAUCGUUGACCAAACAUUACAGAGUAUUUUGUGUAGAUCGUUGACCAAACAUUACAGAGUAUUUAGUGUAGAUCGUUGACCAAACAUUACAGAGUAUUUUGUGUAGAUCGUUGACCAAACAUUACAGAGUAUUUUGUGUAGAUCGUUGACCAAACAUUGCAGAGUAUUUUGUGUAGAUCGUUGACCAAACAUUACAGAGUAUUUAGUGUAGAUCGUUAUCCAAACAUUACAGAGUAUUUUGUGUAGAUCGUUGACCAAACAUUACAGAGUAUUUAGUGUAGAUCGUUGACCAAACAUUACAGAGUAUUUUGUGUAGAUCGUUGACCAAACAUUACAGAGUAUUUUGUGUAGAUCGUUGACCAAACAUUACAGAGUAUUUUGUGUAGAUCGUUGACCAAACAUUGCAGAGUAUUUUGUGUAGAUCGUUGACCAAACAUUACAGAGUAUUUUGUGUAGAUCGUUGACCAAACAUUACAGAGUAUUUUGUGUAGAUCGUUGACCAAACAUUACAGAGUAUUUUGUGUAGAUCGUUGACCAAACAUUACAGAGUAUUUUGUGUAGAUCGUUGACCAAACAUUACAGAGUAUUUAGUGUAGAUCGUUGACCAAACAUUACAGAGUAUUUUGUGUAGAUCGUUGACCAAACAUUACAGAGUAUUUUGUGUAGAUCGUUGACCAAACAUUGCAGAGUAUUUUGUGUAGAUCGUUGACCAAACAUUACAGAGUAUUUAGUGUAGAUCGUUGACCAAACAUUACAGAGUAUUUUGUGUAGAUCGUUGACCCAAACAUUACAGAGUAUUUGUGUAGAUCGUUGACCAAACAUUACAGAGUAUUUUGUGUAGAUCGUUGACCAAACAUUGCAGAGUAUUUUGUGUAGAUCGUUGACCAAACAUUACAGAGUAUUUAGUGUAGAUCGUUGACCAAACAUUACAGAGUAUUUUGUGUAGAUCGUUGACCAAACAUUACAGAGUAUUUUGUGUAGAUCGUUGACCAAACAUUACAGAGUAUUUUGUGUAGAUCGUUGACCAAACAUUACAGAGUAUUUUGUGUAGAUCGUUGACCAAACAUUACAGAGUAUUUAGUGUAGAUCGUUGACCAAACAUUACAGAGUAUUUUGUGUAGAUCGUUGACCAAACAUUACAGAGUAUUUUGUGUAGAUCGUUGACCAAACAUUGCAGAGUAUUUGUGUAGAUCGUUGACCAAACAUUACAGAGUAUUUAGUGUAGAUCGUUGACCAAACAUUACAGAGUAUUUUGUGUAGAUCGUUGACCAAACAUUACAGAGUAUUUUGUGUAGAUCGUUGACCAAACAUUACAGAGUAUUUAGUGUAGAUCGUUGACCAAACAUUACAGAGUAUUUUGUGUAGAUCGUUGACCAAACAUUAUGAUUAAAUCCAUUUUAAUCCCACUUUGUAACACAGCAAAAUGUGAAAAAAGUCAAGGGGUGUGAAUACCUUCUGAAGGCACUGUAUAUGAUAAUCAUAUUUAAUCCUACAUUCAUCUCUGUUAAAGGGCAAUACUUUCUGAAGGCACUGUACAUGAUAAUCAUAUUUAAUCCUACAUUAAUCUCUGUUAAAGGGCAAUACUUUCUGAAGGCACUGUAUAUGAUAAUCAUAUUUAAUCCUACAUUCAUCUCUGUUAAAGGGCAAUACUUUCUGAAGGCACUGUACAUGAUAAUCAUAUUUAAUCCUACAUUAAUCUCUGUUAAAGGGCAAUACUUUCUGAAGGCACUGUACAUGAUAAUCAUAUUUAAUCCUACAUUAAUCUCUGUUAAAGGGCAAUACUUUCUGAAGGCACUGUAUAUGAUAAUCAUAUUUAAUCCUACAUUCAUCUCUGUUAAAGGGCAAUUCCACCACUUUUUAACUUCCUUUUCAAUAUCCCACAAUACCAGUGUAUACAUAUGUGAAAACGGUACAUUUCAACAUUUUGUAGAAAAAACAUUUAGUUAUAAUGUUAACCCUACCCGAUGACAUUAAGUGUCCCAAAGCUUAGGGAGUACCAAUGAUGGAGGGUGUAGGACAGGGUUCUUCAAUUCCGGUCCUGGAGGGCCGAAACACCUCU